AUGGACUACCAGAACCGUGCAGGCUCCAAAUUCGGAGGCGGUGGUGUAGCUUCCCAGUCUUCAACGAACGCAGACCGGCGCGAACGCCUUCGAAAACUCGCCCUCGAAACCAUCGACCUCGACAAAGACCCCUACUUCUUCAAGAACCACGUCGGCAGCUUCGAGUGUCGCCUCUGCUUAACAGUCCACCAGAACGACGGCUCCUAUCUCGCACACACCCAAGGUCGCAAGCAUCAGACGAAUCUCGCUCGGCGCGCGGCGCGGGAGGCAAAAGAGGGCAGGGAUAGGGAGGGCUUGCUGCCGGGUAUCGGACAGGGCGUACAGGUGCGCAGAAAUGUGGUCAAGAUAGGACGGCCGGGGUAUAAGAUCACGAAAGUGCGGGAUCCGCUCACGCGGCAAAACGGAUUGCUCUUCCAGUUGCAAUAUCCGGAGAUUACGCCUGGUGUGGUUCCGCGCGUGCGCUUCAUGAGUGCAUUCGAGCAGAAGGUGGACGACCCUCCGGACAAAACGUUCCAGUAUCUGCUGGUGGCGGCGGAACCGUACGAGACGUGUGGAUUUAAGCUGCAGGCGCGUGAGGUGGAUAGGAGAGAGGGAAGGUUCUGGACGUGGUUCGAUGAGGAUAGCAAGGAGUUCUGGAUUCAAGUCUUGUUCAAGACCGAGCGCGACGAGCGGUAUUCGAACGUUCCCGGUCUCGCGCCAUCUGGGCCAAGGAGAUGA